GAUUUGAGCCGCCAUGAUGACUGCCACUAAAAGAGGACAAUCCCAUGGCUAUUUGCGCGCUUCAUCACCGUGAACGCAGGCGCAGUAAAGAUUAUUCCACCAUGUUGACGAGUCGGUGUUUUCGUUCGAUUUCGAAGCUUUCUUCUUCUGCACGCUUGGUGCGUCAUGCUUCGAGGCUGCAGCAAGGAAGCUGCAAGGAAGGGCUGAUUCUCCAGAGUGGACUGUUAGGAAGGUCACCGACGAGUAGUCAAUUGCUUGCAACACAAAGCAAAUUUGGCAGGCGCUUCACCAGGAGCCUCUGUGUGACAACAGUAGCAUGUGAUAUUGCCAGAAUACCUGAGAUGCUAGCUAAUGUUAUGACUGAAGGCGCUGGAGUCGACUCUGAUGUAGCUGAUGAAGACGAGGAAAUGUCAAGCACUGUAAAAAAGGGGAAACAUCGGCGAAUCAAUCCUGGAUAUUAACAUUAAACACACUGCCAGUACUGACUGUGAUUUAAAGUGGAAGGUCCUUCACAAUUCUGCAAUCCUUGCUUUGGACUUAAUCUCUCAUCCUGAAAAUUAAAUGCCCUUGGGUUAGACAAACCACAGCUGGAUGGAAUAGUGGAUGGCUUUUAUUUUUUUUUUUUAUUUCUCUCUCUAUCUCUUUUUGAAUCAGUUGUUGAAGUCAAAGUGUACUAGUAUCCUAUGCAGAUGUUCUUACAGCUCCUCAUGCAAUCUUUCCUCUUUACAACAAGCCCUAAGGAUGUCUGCGUAGGAGGCUAACGGUGUACCAGUAGGAACUGAGGCUGCCACUAUUACAUUGAUUAUGCAUUGCUGCAACUUUUUUCUCUCUCUCUACAUGGCAGCAAUGUAGAGAUUAAACAUUGUGCCAGUCAGACUGUUUUUCUCUUUAGUUGCAACAAGUUGCCUUCUGUUUCAAAAGGAAAGUUGUCUUAUCUGCUGCAAGUGUGAAAUUAUUUUGAAACUUACUGAUGGAUUUGUUUAAUAUAACUAAUAAGAUUCGAUGAAAACUAGUGAGGAUUAGUAAAAUGUUUAAAAGAGACAUUUGCUGUAUUGAUAAAAGAAAUUACAUGUACCAUCCCUAAGAUUUUAUUAUACUUAGAAUUUCAAUCUGUUAUUUAAAUUUUGAUGGUAAAACUGUGGGCAACAUCUCAGAAUUGAUUUUAUAAUGUUGAUACAGCAACAUGGAAAAUACAAUCUUGACAAAUGUUAGGCUUGAUUACCGGCUGCUGUUCAGGAAAGGAGCCCCUGCUAGGACCCUCAGGCACCGGAAAAGAACUAUUUAUUUUUAACCUCCAAAAUUAUAGGCUAUCAAGUGGGGAAAAGAGUGAAGAUAAGGCAUUGUUUUAAUUUGGCUCUGAUGCAUGCGUCUUCACAGGUUCGUUUAGUGCAAAAUAAAGUAGGCAGGCUCUAGGAUGUCAUGUUGAAACUUUUUAGUUAAAAUGAAGGAUGCUGUUAAGUGCCAGCAUUUAGCUUAUAUGGGCUUGUUUCAAUGAAAGCUUUUUUUUAUUGAUCAAUGUAUUUUCACUUUAUCUUGUUUUACUGUAAUGACUGGCAGUGUCUUUAAGAAAAUUGUAUGACUUCUAACUUCGUAGUUCUUAUGAUUUUGUGUAACUGAUUAAUAAAACAUUGUAACUUUUUAUUCUCAA